ACAAAGAAUAUAGAGACAAAUCAGUAAGGUAAACUCAAUCCCCAGCAAGGAAUAUAGAACCGGCCUAGACCUUUCCGAUACACAACCAAUAAACUUUUCCGAUGCACCGUAAAAUUUUCAUUUUCCUAUAAAUACCGAUUCCCGGCCAAAGUGAACAAUAUUCCGAACUAAAAUGGCGUCUGCUGAAAUGCCAAGGGUGAAGCUGGGGAGCCAAGGACUUGAGGUCUCCAGAUUGGGGUAUGGUUGUAUGGGGCUUACUGGGAUGUACAACAAUCCGGUUCCAGAGGAAGAAGGGAUAGCAAUUCUCAGGGAAGCUUUCAGUAAAGGGGUUACCUUUUUCGACACGGCCGACGUUUACGGCGCAAAUCAUUCUAACGAGUACCUGGUUGGGAAGGCGUUGAAGCAUUUGCCCAGAGAAAAGGUGCAACUAUCUACAAAGUUUGGUAUAUGCGGAGUUACAGAUAAGGUUGAGGUGAAAGGAAACCCUGAAUAUGUUCGAUCCUGUUGUGAGGCUAGCCUGGAACGCCUUCAAGUUGAUUACAUCGAUAUCUACUUUAUACAUCGUAUUGACACUACCGUGCCUAUUGAGGAAACUAUGGGAGAACUGAAGAAAUUAGUUGAAGAAGGUAAAAUAAAGUAUGUCGGCCUGUCCGAAGCUCACCCAGACACAAUAAGGAGGGCACACGCUAUUCAUCCCAUCACUGCUCUCCAACACGAGUACUCCUUAUGGACACGUGACAUUGAGAAUGACAUCGUACCUCUUUGCAGGGAACUGGGAAUUGGGAUUGUUUCAUUCGCCCCUGUUGCUCAUGGACUGUUUGGUGGAAAGGCGGUUGUGGAGAGCUUGCCUGCUAACAGUACCUUGGAGAAACAUCCAAGGUUUACUGAACAGAAUUUAGAAAAGAACAAAGGAAUAUAUUUUCGUCUAGUAGAAUUGGCCAAGAAACAUGAAUGCUCGCCUGCUCAACUUGCUAUUGCAUGGAUUCUCCAUAGGGGUGAUCACUAUGUUCCCAUUCCUGGAACAACUAAGAUAAAAAACCUUCAUGACAACAUUGGUUCAGUGAAGGUGAAGCUCACUGAAGAGCAAGUGAAAGAGAUCACGGAUGCAGUGUCCAUCACUGAAGUGGCAGGCGAAAGAAUUGGAGAGAUGUUUUAUAAGACAUCGUAUAAGUAUUCUAUUACUCCGCCAUUGAAGCAAAGAAAUGCAUUGUUAUAUAAUUCUCUCUAUGGUGCUCUCGUUAGUGUAAUAUUGGCGAUAUGUAUAUACAAGGCUUUGUAUGAUCCUUCGUUUUAUACAUAUGAAUAAUCCCAAAUUAAUCUCUCCUUCAUAAUCAUGUUGAUCAUGAUUUUCUAACUCCAUCCGCUGGCUUAAUUUUCACUCUUGUAAAAAUGUAAAGAAUAAAAAUACUUUUAUAUUUCCUAUAAUCUCAUUCAUAAUGUUUCACAUUUCUAAUCAAAAUAACGUGCAAUUCAC